AUGGCACAGAAAAGGCCAAAAUCAAAUUCUGAUGGAUUUGGAAGAUUGGAUAAACGUUUGAAGGUCGAUUUGGGAUUGCUUUUGGCCAGUGAUAAUUGGACUGCAGGUUUGCUAGAGUUUAAAGGCUCAACAAAGGGUGAGUAUGAUUUCAAGAUGGAAGUUAGUGAAAGUCAAGAGGACCAAAAAGAGUGUGGUGAAGAGUAUGAUAAACUGGAUUUUGAACAUUUGAUAGACAAUGGGAUUUUAAUUGAUUACCUUGACUCUAUUGCUCAAGAGUCGGAAGGGAGUGCUGUGGAUUUCCCAGAAAAUCAUAUCAACUUGGAGGAAAUAGAUAUAAAUCUUACUUCUAUGGAGAGGUUUCCCCUGGUUAAAAACGACCCCAAUACCCACAAUAUAAUUUCAUAUUUAGCUAGUAAAUUCGAGAAUAUCGAAGGGAAGUUUGUCAAUUACCCUACAAGGAAAACCAAUGUUAUCGAUAUUCAAGUAUGGGGUCCCAGCUUCAACCGAGAUGAGUACCAGUAUUGGUACAGAUUCACCCAGCCAGAUUUGAGCAACAUUGAAGACUUUUACAGUUGGCAAGAAUUUAAUGUCGAGAGUCUUUACCAUUCUUUGUCCCAUUUCAUUUCUCUUCGAAACGGUAAGAUUCAAGAUAUGCUACAUGAGUUAUUUAAGCGAGAAAUCAAAGAAGGUGAAGGUUCAUCGAGAAAACUAAUUCAAAUUGAAUUGACUUUCGAUCUUGACCCUAUAUUCCCCAUGAUUAACUUCAUUAGGGGUAUAACUUUCAAAAUUUCAGAAGGUAAGGUCAUUGAGGUUUCAAGACAAUAA